AGUCGUCGUCUCGUCCCCAGCAAAGCCAUUUUUCUUCUUGCUCUCGUCUCGUCUCCAACUCCAAGCACGGCGGGGUAGGUGAUAAUGGCGGAUCCCAAGCCGUGGAACCCCAACUACGGCGUCGUCGGCAGCGGGGACCGCCGCCUCGCCUACUCCCGUCAGCUCUCCAUCUCUUCUCCUCUCGCGCCCACGCCCCGCCUCGCGCGCUCCGACUCCUCCAUCUCCAUGCCCUCCACCCUCCUCCAAGGAGGCCCCGCGAGCAUCCGAUCCCGAUGGCUCGCCACCCGCCACAUGCGGCGCCUCGCGCUCCUCCUCGCCCUCAACGUCGCCUACUCCGCAGUCGAGUUCUCCAUCGGCCUGCUCACCGGACGCAUAGGCCUCGUCUCCGACGCUUUCCAUUUGACCUUUGGCUGCGGCCUGCUCACCUUCUCCCUGUUUGCCAUGGCUGCCUCUCGGACCAAGCCCGAUUCUAUCUACACCUACGGGUACAAAAGAUUGGAGGUCCUGGCUGCCUUUACAAAUGCCCUGUUCCUGCUUUUCCUGUCUUUCUCCUUGGCUGUUGAAGCACUGCAUGCAUUUAUGCAGGAUGAGUCUGAGCACAAGCAUUACCUCAUUGUUUCUGCUGUGACAAACCUUUUGGUCAAUUUACUUGGUGUUUGGUUCUUUCGGAGCUAUGCUCGUGUUAGCAUAGUUUACAGGAAAGCAGAGGAUAUGAAUCAUCACUCCAUCUGUUUGCAUGUUCUGGCAGAUUCAGUACGGAGUGCAGGCUUGAUACUAGCUUCUUGGUUUCUUUCAUUGGGGGUUGAGAAUGCUGAGGUGUUGUGCUUGGGAAUUGUCUCGGUGGCAGUGUUCAUGCUUGUUUUGCCUCUGUUCAAAGCCAGUGGCAAUAUCCUGCUUCAAAUUGCACCUGGCAACGUAGCACCUUCUGCUUUCAUCAAGUGCGGCAGACAGAUUACUGCUCACGAGGACGUCUCUGAGGUAUGCCAGGGUCGAUUCUGGGAGCUUGUACCUGGUCAUGCUGUCGGUUGUCUGUCCAUUCGGGUGAAGAAUGGUGGUGACAAUGAUGACUCGGUGCUUAAAUAUGUGCAUGGAUUGUACGAGGAUCUGGGAAUACAAGAGCUGACCAUCCAAACUGAAGAUUGAUUCCUAGCUAGACGCAGAUAUGUUGCUUUCCUUGCCUAGUGCUGUAGAUUCAUAGGUUCUAGGGAGUAUUAGAAUAGACCAACAGCAGGUUGAAAUUCUUGGAGCUCAGCUGAUACGAAUCCUUUAUUUGUAUCCAGUUGUGUUAGCUACUAGCUGCUGCGAAAAAUAUAUAUGAAAAAUGCAAUUACAGGUUUGUUUUUCCCGC